AUGGAAGAUAAACUGGAAAAGAUGGAACAUGGAAAGAAAGAAGGGGAAAAAGAACUUACUACAGAAGAGAUAUUUGAAGGGAAAGAAGUACUAUCAUGGACAUCUGUGUGCAAGAAAUUCGGUUGGUCAUACCACCCUUUUACUCGACAAGAAAAUACAGUUAUUGAGACUUGUGUUGUUGCUAUCUCUGGAAUAGCUUUUAGCAGUGGAUAUGCAAGUUAUAUGCUUGGCAUGACGAAGAAUAUUGCAGAUCAAGGACCAUCCAUAGCUAACACAACAAAUAAUGUUGUGACUCUCGACUUCAAGUUGAUGUUUGGUUUUCUUUUUGUUAUCAGUUUUCUAGGCCUCUUCUCUAUUCUUCCUUUGAGAAAGAUUAUGAUAAUUGAUUACAAGCUGACUUACCCGAGCGGAACGGCUACAGCUCUGCUUAUAAACAGCGUCCAUACACCCAAAGGAGAAAAGCUAGCAAAGGAACAGGUCAGAACGCUUUUCAAGUGGUUCGGUGGAAGUUUUGUCUGGGCAUUGUUUCAGUGGUUCUUUACAGGUGGAAACAAGUGUGGAUUUGCAUCUUUCCCGAUUUUGGGUCGUAAAGCAUUUGGCCACAAUUUUUACUUUGAUUUCUCAACUACCUAUGUUGGGGUAGGAAUGAUCACCCCUCACAUGAUAAACUUAUCUUUGUUGCUUGGAUCCAUUGUCUCGUGGGGAUUAAUGUGGCCACUUAUUGAACAACAGAAAGGUAAGUGGUAUAGUGCAGAUCUUCCGGAUAGUAGUCUAAGUGGUAUGCAAGGGUAUAGGGUCUUUACAGCAAUAGCAAUGAUCCUAGGUGAUGGUUUAUUCCAAUUUGUUGUUCUGUUAAGCAAAACCUUAUACAGCAUAUGGAAGAAAACUUUAGAGAAAGAGCAUAAUUCAACGAAUACUACUACUAUACCUGCAAUGAGCUAUGAUGAUCAACGUCGAACUGAAUACUUUUUGAAGGAUCAGAUCCUACUUUGGUUCGCUGCACUCGUCUAUGUUUUGCUCGCAGUCGCCGCUAUCAUUGUUGUUCCCAUACUAUUCCCUUCGUUAAAAUACUACCACAUUAUGGUAAUAUACAUCAUUGCACCUGUCUUGACCUUUUGCAACUCUUAUGGAACCGGUUUGUCAUAUUGGUCUUUAGCUUCUACCUAUGGUAAACUUUCCAUUUUCAUAUUUGGUGCCUGGGUUGGUUCAAGUAACGGAGGAAUCAUCGCUGGUUUAGCUGCAUGCGGUGUUAUGAUGAAUAUAGUAUCGACAGCUGCAGAUUUGAUGCAAGAUUUCAAGACGGGUUACCUAACCCUUGCUUCUCCAAGAUCUAUGUUUGCUAGCCAACUAAUCGGAACCAUAAUUGACGUCAUUCUUUCUCCCUUGGUCUUCUGGUUCUUCUUUUACAAUUCCAGUCUUGGGCAAUCUGACAGUUCAUCUCCGGCUCCUUUCGGAGUUGUAUAUCGUGGUAUCGCUCUUAUUGCUAUUGAAGGAGUAUCAGGCCUACCCAAGAAUUGCUUGGCUCUAUGCAUUGGAUGUUUCCUCUUUGCUGUGUUAUUGAAGGUAAUCAAAGAAGUUAUGAUGCAUUUCAACAUCAAGGCUCACAAGUAUGUUCCAAGUGCCAUGGCUAUGGCCAUCCCAUUCUACUUGGGUGGGUAUUUUGCGAUCGAUAUGUGUGUUGGAAGUCUAUAUAGGUUGUGGAAGGAGUGGAAAAACAAAGAUGAAGCUGAUGCUUUUGUACCUGCGGUGGCGUCAGGGAUGAUUUGCGGUGACUCUCUGUGGGGAAUGCCGGCUUCUAUACUUUCAUCAUUCAAUGUGAAGCCUCCUUUGUGCAUGAAGUUUUUUACCGACGGCAAGGUUGUUGAAUUCUUGAAAGCCUCUAAGUAG